UGGACCUCCUGAUUUGAAAGCUCAACAAGCUGGCGACAUAACGUUGAAGGCUAGAGCUCAACCGGAGUUGCCGCAUCAAAACGCAGCAGCAGCAGCAGCAGCCUCAAGACAUCGCUACUCAACCGACCAACACCGAGCACCCCUCUCAAAAUCAGAACGACCCCGAGCUGCAAAACCAUUCGCUCCAGUUAACGGCGCCCAAAUGCGACCACCCACUGCCCCUAUCGGCCAAUUCCGUGGGCAACAACCAUGGUCACAGGUACCCCAGGGUGUUGGGCAGGUUUGGCAGCAGGCUCCACCCUUCCAACAACCCCAGCAGCCAGUCCAAGUGCAAGCGCAAGCCCGUUUCCCGGCUCAAUUCCAGCCUCAGCAAGUUCAGCCGCAAUUCCAAGGCCAAUGGCCACCACCAGCUCAAACCCAAUUCCUACAACCUCAACCUCAGGUCCCACAAGGACGAUGGCCAGGGCAAUUUCCAGCCCAGAACCCGCAAUUUGUGCCGUCAGCCCAGAGGCUUCCGUCGCCACCGCAGAUGUCCCGAUUUCAAGUGGCCCCUUCGGCCGCAAGACCACCGCCACCACCCCCUCUAGCUCAACGUUCCCGUGUUUUACCCGCGCAGGCAGUUCAACCUGCCCAACAGGCAUCUGCCCUAAUCCCAUGGAAUCAGCGGCAACAACCACCACGACAAAUACUA